AUGGCUUUCCCUCAUAACGAGCAUAUUUUACAUGAUCUUGAUAAAAAGUUCGAAGUAAAAUCGGAGAAUGUGGGUCUGGCAGGUUCCAGCGCUUUCUCUGUGGUGACACCGAAAGGUGUUAGUCAGGUUCCCAAUGUCUCCACUCCUUCUAAUAAUAUGGCUAAACCGGCUAGUAAUACCCAAGUCUGUUCGAAUCCUCAAACUCCUUCCACACCGAGAGCCCCUUUCACUCUGCCUGGUCUAGGUAUUGAACGUCAUACCACCCAGCCAUACUUGAACUAUCCAAAAGAAUUAUUAUCUUAUAUGUUCCUUCCAUUUAAUAAGGGUAUGGUUCUUCCUCCAGAGUACCCGUUUGGAUUACCUGGUAUGCCACAAGUGCCAGAUAUGCGUAGUCAGGUUCCUCAUCCACCUGUUCCUCAUCAAGCCCAUCAUCAAGUUAUUCCCCAAGUUAUUCCUCAAGUUAUUCCUCAAGCUCAUCCUCAAGUUAUUCCUCAAACUCAUCCUCAAGCUCAUCAACAAACUCAUCAUCAACCAAAUGGUCCUCGUGAAACAGCCCCUUCUAUAACUAGGGAUGCCCCAUCAAUGCAACACAUCCGGCUUGCCAUAGAAGACAGGGAUUCAGGUAAUGAGUCCAGCAGUCUUUCUCCGCCAUACUCAUUCUCCAGCUCGCGAUCCCCUUCCCAUUCUUCGAGAUCAAACUCGUUUUCAAUGUCUUCUUUGCUUCGCCCUUCGGAAAAUCAUCAAGCACCCCCGUUACAUCAUACUCCUAUAGCUACUAAUACUCCUCAAACUCCACAAGUUGCUCCGCAAGCAACUAUAACGACACCGAACACUCCUUCAACUCCAACGUCAUCUACUCUUACUCAUCGGCAAAUGCAACAUCCAGGCCCUCCAUCGUUCAUGCUGAUGCCUCACACACAAAUGAUGAAUAUGAGCCUUCCUUAUAACCAACAAUAUAUGCAAAUGCAAUUGGAACAACUCAGAGCCAAGAUGGCAACGGAAGAGAUAAUACUUCCUGGUAGAGAAGUUUGCGAAGUUUGUGGAGAUAAUGCAAGCGGUUUUCAUUACGGUGUUAUGAGCUGUGAAGGUUGCAAGGGCUUCUUCCGACGAUCUGUUCAAAAGAGUAUGAACUACCAGUGCCAUAGGGAUGGAUCCUGCAAGGUUGAUCGAAUUUCUCGUAAUCGAUGCCAAGCUUGCCGUUUCCAAAAAUGUUUGUCCAAAGGAAUGACAAAGGAAUCCGUCAGAAAUGAUCGUGUCAGGAAGAGAAAAACCAGUGAUGAUGACAGGGAUAAGGAGUUUGACUCUACGAGAGAUCUCCUCAUGCUAUCCAACGAUGUAAUAAGAGCAUAUAGAAUGGCUUUCCCCGAUAAUUAUAAGAUUAUCAGUGAUAAGGAUGCUCAAAUGAGAUGCUUAGAGUUCGUAAAGAACAUUUCUGCUUUUCAAGGUGUUCGGGAACAGUUCCCUCAGAUUGUGCAGAAUUCUUUUCUUGGCUUGAUGCAUUUGCGCUAUGCCAAAUCAGAGUUUCCUACUGAAGAUGUGAAUAUUAAUAUGAAGUUGAUAUCUCGUCUUCAACAAGGUUUAAAAAAUAUCACAGAAGAAGAGUUGGCUUUGUUAUCAGCUAUACAUUGUGCUAAUCCAAUACAAACACCUGAAGCUAACUCAAAUCCAGGUGUACCAAGUCUUGACGGUGCCAGCAAUCCUGUGUGGGAAAAGUUGGUUGAAUGCUUACGAGUUUACAGAUCUUCUAACAAUUCCUCAGAUAAGAAUCAGUUAUUUAGUUUAUUACAAUUAUUAUAUCAAUUAGCAACUCUAUCAGUAUAA